GGAGGCUAUGGCGUUGUCCACAUCUGACUGACAGUUCGUCAGAGAGCUCUCGCAAAGUGUAGCGUCGUCUGUAAACGUUGUAAGCGUUGGGUCGAACCGCAACAAUGGGGUCCCGCAUCAAGGAGAGCCCCGAGUCCACGUUUGAAGUAUAUCUGGAGGUUCUCCACCCAGGAACACAAGGCCUCAAUCCAGAGGUGCAGAGGCAAUUCCCCGAGGACUACAUUGACCAGGAAACCCUUCAAACUGUGCCCAAGUUCUGUUUUCCCUUCAUCAUGGACAGCCUGACGGUGAAUCAGGUGGGACAGAACUUCACCUUCGUGUUGACAGACAUUGAGAGCAAACAGAGGUUUGGCUUCUGCCACCUGUCUUCAGGAGCCCACAGCUGCUACUGCAUCCUCAGCUACUUGCCAUGGUUUGAAGUUUUCUACAAGCUGCUCAACGUCCUAGCAGAUUAUACAAUAAAAGGCCAGGACAGCCAAUGGCAAGAGCUUCUAGUUUCACUACACAUGCUACCCAUCCCCGAUCCUGGAAAUCCUGUUCAUCUGAGUGUGCAUUCCUACUUCACUGUGCCUGACACAAGGGAACUUCCCAGCAUACCUGAAAAUAGGAACCUAACAGAGUAUUUUGUAGCAGUAGAUGUCAAUAACAUGCUCCAUCUGUAUGCUAGUAUGCUUUAUGAACGAAGAAUCCUCAUCUGCUGUAGCAAACUAAGCACUUUAACGGCGUGUGUCCAUGGGUCAGCAGCCAUGCUAUAUCCUAUGUACUGGCAACAUGUUUACAUUCCCGUCCUGCCUCAGCAUCUCAUAGACUACUGCUGCGCCCCAAUGCCCUACCUCAUCGGAAUACAUUCCAGCCUGAUGGAGAAAGUGAGAGGGAUGGCUCUGGACGAUGUGGUAGUCCUGAAUGUGGACUCAAACACCCUGGAAACCCCCUUUGAUGACUUACAAAGCCUGCCCAACGAAGUGGUGUCAUCUUUGAAGAACCGCUUGAAGAAGGUGUCUACAACGACAGGGGAUGGCGUAGCACGAGCCUUCUUAAAGAGUCAAGCUGCUCUGUUUGGAAGCUACAGAAAUGCACUGCAAUUUGAACCGGGGGAGCCAAUAACGUUCAAGGAAGAGACAUUCGUGACUCAUCGCUCGAGUGCCAUAAGACAUUUCCUCCAGAAUGCCAUUCAACUUCAGCUCUUUAAACAGUUCAUAGAUGGCCGUCUAGACCUGCUGAACUCAGGAGAGGGCUUCAACGAUGUCUUUGAGGAGGAGAUCAACAUGGGGGAGUAUGCAGGCAGUGAUAAGACUUACCACCAGUGGCUGUUCACUGUCAAGAAAGGGGGCGGGGCUAUCUUCAACACGAUGAAGACCAAGGCCAACCCAGCUAUGAAGACUGUUUACAAAUUUGCAAAAGACCAUGCAAAGAUGGGCAUAAAGGAAGUCAAGAGCCGGCUCAAGCAGAAGGAGCAGGCAGAAAAUGGCUACUCCACAGCAGAGAUCGCAGUAAACAAAGAGAUCACCUCAGCAUCAUUCAAUCCCUCAACUAGUACGGACAGAAACGAGGAGCAAGUACAUACCGGGGAUAGCCACAGGUCAAUCUCUGCAAAUUUAGGACAGGCCCGACCACCGCUGAUGGUUAAAAGACGUUCCAGGAAUGGAGGCCUAGAAAGCAGUCCAGAUCCUUCUGUCCAUCCUACACGUCACUACACAGUUUUUCUGUCAGAGGAUUCAUCCGGAGAUGAGCUCCAGCAUGAUGACAACUCCAUCUCUGGGUUUCCUGACAGCUUUCUCUUCUCAGUUCCCUUCGAAUGGUCCCCUUUGACACAACCUUACCGGUCACUCCAAGAGGUGGAGUUUACAGAAGGAGAGGAUCCUCGUCUAGGGGCAGAGCGUCACACAGCCCCAUCCAGCCCCAUUUCUGAAAAGUUCUCCAAUGCCAACCUACUGGGAGACAGCUUCACCUGCCAGGAUGAGCCAGACAGUCAGUCAAUCAGUCUGGCCAAAAGUCUGGAGGACCUUAGGACACCCAAAGACUGUGAGGAGCUGCAAGCCAAAUUCACUUACCAGCGCAUGGACGUAAAUGCUGGUGAACGCACCCACACUCUUCCAGGCCUCAAGCUGUCCAACCCUUAUAAUAAAUUGUGGAGUAUGGGGCAGGAUAACAUGACUUUGCCAGUGUCUGCACCUUCUAUGUGGGAUAGAUCUCUGCCUUUGCAACCCACUGUACACCAAGAAGCACAGGCCUCAUGCCUCAAAAUCUUUGUCCCACGCCCUGAUACCCCAGACCCUUCCACCCCAGGUCAGGGGAACAUCACCCUUCCGCGCCCCCAUGGAAGGAAGACUCCUGAACCUAGUAAAGUCCUAGCACCCCCUGUAGCCCAAUCCCGCUGUAAGCCGGCAGGACAUAUAGAUGGAAGAACUAAAGCAGGGGGACAAGAGUUUAGGCAAGCCCUUGCGAUGACUACAGAUGGAGACUUGCUGAAGCCCACCAAGAUCAGUGAGGACACAUUAGAUCUGUUGAGUCUUCUCGACCCACUCAAUAGCUCAGAACAGAUCAGCUCCAGCUCAGCAAGUGAAAGGGGAGAUACUAGCUUACCCCUUUCAUCUUGCAAAUCCAUGCUUCCACCUAGACCCUACCUGCAGGGCCUGCCUCCCUUUCUACUACAUCCCCAAAUACCACUAAACCCCUUCAGUCAGUCUCUUCAGUACACCUCCCCUCAAACGCACUACUCAUCAACUGUUGGUAGUAAUCCAUUUGGGGCAGUAUGUGGGCCUAUACCAGGCUCCUAUCUCCAAACUCCACCACACCCUCUGUCCACACUGCCAGGGCUUUACAGACAACAUUCCCCAGGAGGUUCUACUCUUACCCCCAGCUUCGGACCACACCAGCCAGUCUUCUGUUCCACAGUCACUUCCCUGACACAUUCAUCAACCAGCAGUUAUGCUCUUCCCAGCCUGGUUGAUACAAGCCCUAUGACAAACCCAACCCCACAUUUAUUAGGAAAGUCCUUUCAUGGUAUGGAAGACACCAAAGAAGCUCAGGAUCCCUUUGGAGACCUUCUGCCUAUGGCCAAGCCUGUUAAGCCCCUUAAAAAGAAGGUAGAAGACCCUCGAAGGACAUGGGAGACUUUUGACUAACAUCUCUCAAAUGUCCACUGGGAUGCAUCUUCCCCCAUUAGCACCAGCGAUGCUGCUGAUCAGUCAUUAAUGAGAGUAUGUGUCAGACCAACUGAGAAUAGUUUCCUCUAUGCUGCAGCAUUUGGACCCAUCUCCUUCCCAGUCUGAGAAUUAUUCAAGCAUUUCUAUGUUUUAUCAAUGAAGUGUGACACAUACCUGGCCUUGUUUCUUCAGCAUGUUUAGAUGCCAACAGCCUAUUGCCUAUUGCUGGCUUACAUUUUUGCACAACAUCCUGUCACAUUAUCAGUGAAUUCAAUGCCCAUAAUCAUGGAUAACAUACUCAAUAGGGAUGUGAGACAGAACAUACUAAACACAACUUCCUGGAGGUUAGUGGUAUUAUGUCACACUUAAGUUACUCAGAGUAGUGUCUGUCAGAAAGAUGCUUCAUUAUUGUUAGUAGCUUGUUUGCCAUUGUUGACAGUCUAACAGCACACUGUUGUCUGCAAAGUGUGAGGUAUCAUAAAACUUGCAGUUAAUUCAUCCAUUGAUAUCGUUGAGUUUUGUUUUUGUUUUUUUCCAGAGUGCUAUUAUUUUGUUUGUUGUGUCAAACAAUCAUCCUUGUCCCUGGCCUUUUUUGUGAAUGCAUAAGAAAUGUCUGGUCUCCUUUGAGGACAAAAAAAUAUUUCAGGAUUUAAUGACUGAAUUAAAUAUACAGAGAUAAUCUGAAAGAUUGUGUAUUCAUGACAGACUUUUCUGUUCUGUAGUGUCAUGAGAAGCACUUGAGUUUCCCUUUAAAUUAUUUUGAACAUUUCUGUCUCAGUACUCAAAGGGAUAUGAUUGUAUAGCUGUUGGGGGGGGGACAAAAUCCCCAACCUUUGCCGA